AUGAGAUUGUUUAUCAUCUGUGUGUGCGUGGCUGCGACCGCAGCUCAUGCGGCAGCCAGCUUAUUAUGUGGCUGUCCACCAGCACCACCCGUGUGUGGCAGCGACUUCAGAACUUACAGAUCGGAAUGCGCCUUAGGCUGCGAGAACGUCGGAAAUUAUAACAAACCUGUAGUGAUAUAUAGAGGACGUUGCGAAGAUCUUCAAUUCAAUCCUUACAACCCAAGCCCCUACCCCUUCGAUCCCUAUAACCCAAGCCCCUAUCGCCCUUAA